UUGGUACACAAAAAAAUAUUUUAUUUAACAAUAGCACAGAAACUAUUGGCAGUUUCAAGAUUCCUCUAAAGGUUUUGAGGUUGGUUGUGGGCCUUUUCUAGAUUCCAAAGUUAAAUUUUCAGUAUUAUUUUUGGUUUCAUGACCACUUAACAUUUCAAUAGCAUUUAAAGUUCCUUCAAAAUCGCUUUUUAGUUCUAAAUAACUUCUAACUUCCUUAAACCACUCGCUGAGACUGGCUGUAGAGCACUCCAGAUUUUGUGAGAUUCUUGUUUUUAACUCUGGGUGCCUUUUUAAAAAUAAGUCGUACCACUUUCUACCAGGUCUACCAUUUUUGAAGUUAUUAGGCCUUUUUAGUGCUUUAACAAGUAACUCUACGCUAUCCAGUAAUUGAGUUUUUGAGGGAGAAAAGCCACAAUCUGAAAUUCCUAGUAGCCAGUUAACCAGUAAGGUUUCUUCUUCUUUGGAAAGUAUAGUUUCAGGUCCAGGUUUCUUCUCCAAUGGUGUUCUUCCUUUUAUUUUGUCUUGUAAAGUGGCUCUUGGAACUUUAAAUAGUUUGCUAGCAGUACUCGCUGGCAUUCCUCCUAGAAUUGCUUGGAUAGCUUUAAAUAGAGCUUCCUUGCUAUACUGACUACGCUUCUUGGGUUCCACUUUAGUCUCUUUUUUGGGCCUCAUUUUAAGUUUAUUAUUUUGAUUAUCUAGGUUAAAGUUUAUAACAAAUUAAUUGCACGACAGAAGAGACGUCAUAAUUGAACAUUCUAAGCAGUGUUGCCAAUUAAGGACAGAGAUAAAGAAGGAUAAUGAUGAAAAAUAUGGAGUUGGUAACAAUUCCCGCGCUUUUUAUUAUGUUGGCACCUCUCAACUGUCAAAAAUCGGCGUAGUUCGUUUACUUUACAAAGUAAUGUGAUUUUUUAGUAUUUCUCUUAUUGUUACUGUUAAUUAUUGAUACCAAUAGUUGUUAAUAAGACUUUAAACAUGGAUUUCCUAGAAUAUUCGGAUAUAACAGCCGAAAUCAAAGGGUGUAUGACCCCAGGAAAAUUAAAAAUGACCGAUCAGAAUAUCGUGUUUAAAAACAGCAAAACAGGGAAAGUGGAGCAAAUACAAUCUUCUGAUAUCGAUUUGGUUAAUUUCCAGAAUUUUGCUGGAUCAUUGGGAAUUCGCAUGUUCUUAAAAAGCGGCUUGCUACAUAGAUUUGUAGGGUUUAAAGACUCCGAAAAGGAGAAAAUAUCGAAGUUUUUUUCGAACUCGUAUAAAAUCGAUAUGUUGGAGAGAGAGUUGAGUUUGAAAGGGUGGAAUUGGGGAACAGCCAAGUUUAAAGGUUCGGUGUUGAGUUUUGAUGUUGGAGAAAAAAGUGCUUUUGAAAUUCCGCUGAAUCAUGUUUCACAGUGCACAGGUGGGAAAAAUGAAAUUACCAUGGAGUUUCACCAAAAUGAUGACGCUCCCAUAAGUUUAAUGGAAAUGAGAUUUUUCAUACCUUCCAAUGAGUUAGCCGGCGAUACAGACCCUGUGGAAUCGUUUCAACAAAACGUUAUGGAUAAGGCUAGUGUUAUUAACGUUUCUGGAGAUGCCAUUGCUAUAUUCAGAGAGAUUCACUGCCUUACACCUCGUGGUCGUUAUGAUAUUAAAAUAUUUUCGUCGUUCUUCCAACUUCACGGUAAAACUUUCGAUUACAAAAUCCCCAUGUCCACUGUUUUGAGGUUGUUCAUUUUGCCGCAUAAAGACAACAGGCAAAUGUUUUUCGUCGUGAGUUUGGAUCCUCCAAUAAAACAGGGUCAAACAAGGUACCACUUUUUGGUUUUGUUGUUUUCACAAGACGAUGAAACCACCAUUGAGCUACCUUUUACUGAUGAAGAGUUGAAGGAAAAAUAUGAUGGGAAACUUGAGAAGGAAUUGUCAGGUCCAACCUAUGAAGUACUGGGAAAAAUAAUGAAGCAUAUAAUCAAUAGGAAACUAACAGGGCCUGGAGCUUUUGUUGGUCAUUCAGGUACAGCAGCUGUGGGUUGCUCAUACAAAGCAGCUGCUGGAUUGAUGUACCCGCUUGAAAGGGGUUUCAUCUACAUCCACAAACCUCCCAUCCACAUAAGAUUCGAAGAGAUCGCCUCUGUUAACUUUGCCAGAGGUGGAGGUAGCACUAGGUCGUUUGAUUUCGAGGUCGAGCUCAAGUCGGGGACGGUGCACACGUUCAGCAGCAUCGAGAAGGAGGAGUACGGAAAACUGUUCGAUUUUAUCAACUCCAAGAAGCUUAACAUCAAGAAUCGUGGAAAGAAUGACAAGGCCAACUACAAGGACGACUUUGGCAAUUCGGACGACGAAGCCGCUCCGGACGCGUACCUCGAAAGGGUCAAGGCGGAAGCCCAAGAAAGAGACGACGACGACGACGAAGACGAAAGUACCGAUGAAGACUUCAACCCCGAUCAGGCUGAAAGCGACGUUGCCGAAGAGUUCGACACCGACCACAGCAGCAGUUCCGAGGACGAAGAAGGAGGCGAAGGAGGCGAUUCCAGCCACAAAGACAAGAAGAAGCACAAGAAGGAAAAGGAGAAAAAGACGAAAACCGUGUCGGAAAAACCCCGCAGGCAGCGCAAGACCAAAAAGGGCGGCGCCAAGGACGACGGCAAGCCGAAAAGGCCGGCGACGGCCUUCAUGUUGUGGCUGAACGAGACGCGCGAGAAAAUCAAGUCGGAGAACCCGGGCAUCAGCGUCACCGAGAUCGCCAAGAAGGGCGGCGAAUUGUGGAGGGAAAUGAAGGACAAAUCCGAGUGGGAAGGAAAGGCGCAGAAGGCCAAGGAAGACUACAAUGUGGCCAUGGAAGAAUACAAGGCUUCAGGUGGUGGACAAAACAAGGAUGACGAUAAGAGCGAGAAGAAGUCUUCGUCUUCGAAGAAACCUGCUGCUUCAAGUACCAAAAAGAAGUCUGCGCCUGCGUCGCCGGUUAAAUCUGGUUCGUUCAAGAGCAAGGAGUACAUUGAAAGCGAUGACAGCAGUUCCGAUAGCGAUUCCGGCAAGAAUAAGAAAGACAAGAAGCCGGAAAAGAAGAAGGCUGAGAAAAAGAAGAAAGAUUCCGAUUCUGAAGAUGAGAAAAACACUUCCAAAGACUCUGCAGCUAGCGACAAAAAGAGCAACGGUAAACGGAAGAAGGAUAGCGAUGACGAAAAAAGCAAGAAGAAACCCAAAUCCAAAAAAGAAUCUGCAAGUGAAGAUGAAGAGGAAAGCGAUGAUGGGAAAAGCAAGAAGAAACCCAAACCCAAAUCAAAAAAAGAAUCUGCAAGUGAAGAUGAAGAGGAAAGCGAUGAUGGGAAAAGCAAGAAGAAACCCAAACCCAAAUCCAAAAAAGAAUCUGCAAGUGAAGAUGAAGAGGAAAGCGAUGAUGGGAAAAGCAAGAAGAAAACCAAACCCAAACCCAAAUCAAAAAAAGAAUCUGCAAGUGAAGAUGAAGAGGAAAGCGAUGAUGGGAAAAGCAAGAAGAAACCCAAACCCAAAUCCAAAAAAGAAUCUGGAAGUGAAGAUGAAGGGGAAAGCACUCCAGCCACCAGCGAAGAUAGCGAUUAAACUCAACCUUAGGUUAUUUUUGUAUUUUUAAUUUAUCCCAGUUUACCGUUUUAUGUUAGAUUAUGUAUGUGAUAGGAUGAAUCUAAUAUACGUAUUUUUUAUAUAA